AUGCGAGUGUUCAACUUCCUGCCCUUGCUGCCUGCAGUGCUGGCGAAUCCGCUGGCCAAGCGCACUACAGCCUGCAACAACUCCCCGGACCUCUGCUCCAAAUCCUACGGCGAGAUCACCCACCUCGGUGCCCACGACAGUCCUUUCCUCCGCGACUCAAGUACCAGUAACUCGAUCGCCGGAAAUCAGUACUUCGACACCCCAACACAACUAUCAGCCGGUGUCCGUCUCGUCACCGCACAAGUCCACAAAAGCAACUCACAAUGGCGUCUCUGCCACUCCUCCUGUUCCUUGCUGGACGCAGGACUCCUCAGCGAUUGGCUGAAGAAAAUCAAGUCAUGGCUCGAUGAUAACCCCAACGAAGUCGUCACAAUCCUCCUAGUCAACUCAGAUGACGCAUCAGCCUCCGAACUCAACACGGAAUUCACAACUGCAAACAUCACAGACUAUGCCUACGAACCGACGUCUCAGAACUCCGCCCCGACAACCUGGCCCACCCUCCAAACCAUGAUUGACGACGACAAACGCCUCGUCGUCUUCGUCGCCUCCAUCACCACCAGCGAGAGCUACCCCUAUCUCAUGGACGAAUUCACCUUCCUCUGGGAGAAUCCAUACGAUACAAGCUCCGCUUCCAACUUCUCCUGCGAAGCGGACAGACCCUCCGCAUACUCUGGCAACGCGGCCUCCGCCAACGCCGCCAACCUCCUCCCCCUCAUGAACCACUUCCUGUACUCGUCCGAUCUCGCCAAGUUCGACAUCGAAUACCCGAACGCGAGCUACAUCGGCACGACGAACGCUGCCUCUGGCGGCACCGGUAACCUGGGUGACACUGCGACGACCUGUAAGCAGGAGUGGAGCGGGCGCCAGCCGGCGUUCGUCCUGGUUGAUUUCUUCAACCGGGGUCCUGCGAUCGAUACGGUGGACAGUUUGAAUAAUGUGACUGAUCCUGUGGGUCGCAAGUCUGUGGCUGAGGCUUCGACCAAUAGUGCGUCUUCGAGCAGCAGUGUCUUCAAGGGGCUUGUUGAGUUGGCGGACUCGGCGAGAGCUGGGUCUACUGUUACGAUGGGCAACUGGAUUUGGGCCGGUGGGAACUGGGGUAAUCUCCUUGGCGGAGGAAUUUCGUUCUGA